AUGUCUUUGAAUUCCAGUAUUCUCAUUUUCUGCAUGAUCUUAUUUUUCACUUCACCAUGUUAUUCUGACCCCGACCAGCUACAAGGCUUUUGUGUUGCUGACUUAAAAUCCACCACAACUUCCCUGAAUGGGUUUCCUUGCAAGCCAGUAUCGAAAGUUACAUCAAGUGGCUUUUUCUUUAGUGGCUUUACCAAGGAAGGAAACACCGACAAUAUGUUUGGGCUUGGCGUUUCCUUCGGUAAUGUUCUUUCAUUUCCUGGGUUAAACACACUUGGAAUUUCAAUGAACCGUGCUGACUUUGCACCUGGUGGAAUUAAUCCACUUCACUCAUACCCUAGAGCAACUGAAGCUGGAGUUAUUAUAAAGGGGAAAUUACUUGUUGGGUUCAGAAGUACUACAAAUGUUUUCUACUCGAAGGUUUUGAAAGCCGGAGAAAUGUUUGUGAUCCCCAAGGGACUUGUGCACUUUCAGAAAAACGUUGGACGGGGAAAGGCUGUCACCAUAACCUCUUUCAAUAGUCAAUUACAUGGGGCUGCACAACUUCCCGCUACUCUCUUUGCUUCAAACCCUGCAAUUCCUGAUGAUAUUUUGGCCAAGAACUUCCAGGUUGAUGAGACAGUCAUCACUAGCAUAAAAUCUAAGUUCGGUUCUUCCUAGAAUGGGUGCUUCUCUCCAAGUAUAUUGAGAUUCUUGUAAUUUUAUAUGUCUCACAGAAAUUGAUUGUAUUGGCAGUUAUAUUUAUUUGAUGUA